GUUCCGCCUUCUCACUUUUCGUUUUUCGUCACUACGCAAUACACAACCGCACUGAUCACACCUUCGUUUUCUCUCAGUCCAUUGUUCUCUCAGACCAUUUUUGUCUCAGUCCAUAGUUUUCGUCAACGUUAAAAGGAUGGCUGUACCUAGCGAAAAGUAUUUCCCUGCCACUGUGUCAUGCCAAGUGCACAAGAUCGGCAGUCUUAUUAAGGAUAAACUGACCAAGGACCAGCUGCAAAUGUUCGAAAAAACAAUUUUUGGUCCAUUGCUGAAUGUGAACAUGGUAUUCAACGGCCAGUUGAUCCAUCAUUUCUUGCUGAGGCAGAUACCUGAAGACGGUAACGCAGAUGGAAUCUGUUUCUCGGUUUUAGGGAAGAACGUCCGUUUUACCCAAAAGGAAUUCAACAUCAUAACUGGAUUGUGGCCAACAAACAAUCCAUUGGAGAAAGAUUGCGAUAGCAAGCGACUGCAAAGUCUUCUAUUCGGAUCAGAAAAUAAGAAAGUAAUAACAUGCUUGGAAAUUGAGGAAAUUUUCAAGAAUUUUGAGUUUACAAAUGAUGACGAUGCUGUGAAGGUCGCCUUGGCCGUCUUUAUAGAAACUGUGAUGGUCGGGAAGGAUAAGAAAACACAGUUUGACAUGGACAUUUUGGGAAGAGUUGAUGAUGAAGAAGCAUUUAAAAGCUUCGAUUGGUCAACUUUCUUCUACACUCGUCUGCUCAACAGUUUAAAGACAAGUCUCCAAGGCAAAAAAGAAGCAUACGAGCUGAAGAAGACACGAAGUUCCAAAGCAGUGUCAUACUAUAACAUCAAAGGCUACGUCCUUGCUUUUCAGGUGUGGGCUUAUGAAGUACUCUCAACCGCAAAUGAGCACCUGGCCACAAGAAACAGUAAGGGAUUAAUCCCAAGGAUAUUGAGAUGGAAUUGUACACAAGCUCCAUCUUACAAAAUGCUGCAGAAUAACAUAUUCGACAACAAAAAUACUGUUGUUCAACCUAAACUCAAGAUGUCAACCCAAGAGAAGGCUUUCAUGGAGAGUCGAAUUCGAGGGGAUGAUAACAUGCAAAUGGAGGAGGAUGAAUCCAUUGGAGCAAUGAACAACAAAUCAUUGGAGCAAUCAGACUCAUCUCCACAAAGAGAACAACUCUCACCCCAAAGGGAACAAAGUCAAACAGUGGCUGAGGAGUCUGAAAUGCAUCCAAUCACCAAGAAGAAACAUUUCAGAUCAAAGAAGUCCAAUGACAAAGAAGAACGAAGUCAUUCAAAAUCCUACAAGAAACUGAAGAAGGAAAUAAAAGAAGUUCGUAAGGAUUUAUCCACACUGACUUCUAUAGUCUGUAGGAUGGAUGACACAAUCACAAAGCAGUCAUUGGAGCUGUAUGAAAUGAAGCAGAUGCUGGAGAGAUUGGUCCAGAAUCAAACUGAAAAUCAAGGGAAUGAUCAUACUGAUCAGAAUGACAAUGAGUAUGUUGUUCAAGAACAACAUACUCAACAACAACCUACUGAAGAACAACAUACUGAACAUCAAGAGGAAACCCAAAGGGAACAUCAAGAGGAACGUGGUAGUGAUAUAAGCAUAGACGGUAGGGAUGCAGACUUGCUAAUGACUAUAAGAGAUAUAUCGGAUAGUCUAAGUCAUCAAAUUCAGAAAGAAUCAGACCUGCCACAGAUGAUUACUACCGUUCCAUAUCCUAUUUGGACUCAGUUAGACCAGGCAAAAAUUAGUCCCGACCCUAUUCGCCUCAUCAAAAUCCUCAUGGGUCUUCGCCCAGAUUAUGAAUCAGUUGGUGCUACUCUGUUACAUCGCAACCCCCUACUAUCUCUUGACGCUGUCGUUCAGGAAAUUUUAUUUGAAGAAAAACGACUUGACAUUGUCUCUUCUUUGUCCUUUGAGGUCGCUCUUCAAUCACUCAUCUACGACCUACUAAUGAGUCUACUUACUGCAAAAAUUGUAAACUUAAUGGUCAUAAGUUUGCUAACUAUCCUACUAUUGAGUGCAGAUAUUGUCACAAGCGAGGUCACAUCUUGGAAAACUGCCAACUCGCCCAACCCUACCCUCUUGGUCACUCAGAUAUAUCCAAGUCUUAUCUUAAAACUAGUUCUCCAAUCUGUUGUUGCAACUGCCACCCCAUCUGAUAUCAUAAUACCUUCGAACUUUCAGUUAAAUGAUCUUCAUGACUUUUUAAAACAGGUGAUCUCUUCCAACUCUACUGCUCUUCCUGUUACCUCAUGUACUUAUUGGCUCCUUGAUUCAGCUUGUUGUAAUUAUUUGACUUUUGACAUUUUGUUGUUAUCAUCCCUUAUUCCUAUUCAAUCUCUUCCCUCAAUGCUCUGCUCAUAG